GGAUUGCUAUGGCAACAGGUUGCCAGUAGCGACGGGGUACCACUACAUCCCUGCCUGUGUGUCUGCGGGGAUGAGCGGCGCGUCAGGACGAGCAGAAAAAAACAAGCAGCGGAGCAGCAGAGGGUGAGGUCUGCCCGGCUCAGUCAGCAAACAGAAAAAUAACCACUGCGAGGCGGUUUUUUCUGUCAUGAAGUGAGGAGCCCUGCGGGUCUGCAACAAGGACAGCUCGCUGUUGUUGUUCUGGUGAGAGUCUGAACACAGAACCGUCGGAUCUGCCAGGAUGGAGAGCUACCGCUGACGGAGAUCCCCGAGCUCCCUGACAACAACAGGUCUUAUCCACUGAGCGAGCACCAACUUCCCCUCCUAAAUCUUUCAGCAACCGACAAAGAGCUGGAGCCGAGACGAUCAAGCAUGGAUGUGCCCCGGAUGGCUGAGGGCCUCUUCAGCAGCACGCUGUCCUCGUCAGGUGGCGGCCAUCACGUACCAUCCUACCUGACGCUGGAACAGAAGGCCGCCUUCAUCUUCGUGCUGCUGCUCUUCAUCUUCCUGGCCCUCCUCAUCGUGCGUUGUUUCCGCAUCCUGCUGGACCCGUACCGCAGCAUGCCCUCAUCCAACUGGACAGAUCACACCGAGAAGGACACGUUCGAUUACCGCAUCGUCUGAGGAGCCCCGAGGGUGCGUUACAUUUGCACAAAUUAGAAAAUAAAUAAAAAAUAAAAAACUGAUUUGAUGCGUAAAGAGCGCUUUGACCCGAAGAACAAAUGACAGCUGAUUCACCAGGAAAACAGCUUUCAGAAAAUCUUCUGAAGGUGUGACUGAAAAGAAGUACGAUGGCGGAUUGUCGUCAAAAUGAGCGCCAACCAGAGUUCAACAGCUUCUCCCUGCCAAAUCUGAAAAUUCUCAACUAUAACAAGACAACCAGAACUAUGCUAUGAAGAUUAUCGACGAUCAAACCCUCAGUCCAAGCGAUACCCAUGACUUCCAUCCCCCUCCAUCAGUUCUCCUGUGGACUACCUCGUUCCUCCUCCAUCUCACGUGUGGAAGACUCACAUCGCACACAGGGUCGAAUAUCUUUUAAGGUCCAAGCCAGUUGGAGAAAAACAGUGUUUACAUCUUAUCAUGUUUACGUCCUUAGAUUUUUAUUGAUAAUGUAGACAAUCAGUGUUUAAAAUAGUCGGUGAAAAAUCAAGUUUAUAGUUUAGAUUGUUGAGAUUUUUUUUGUGUGUGUAUUUUGUCUUAAUUUGUGGACAGAUGCGAGAGGUCAAAAGACUUUGUGUGAGUGAUAUGAUUCAGGCGAAGAGGAAUAAAAUGCCUUAUGUCUCUGUAAGAUGUUCUGUGGGGGUUGUUACCUUCUAGACAGCUGGGUAUCAAGGUCCUAAAGCAGGUUAAAUAAUCACUGUCGUGGAGAAGUUGUCCCUUUAAUGUUUUGGAGAGAUUUGAACAGCUAGUUGCCCGCAGUGAGUAACUAAGAGUGUUCUGUGUGUGCGAUAAAAAACUAUGUGUCCUUUCCGUGUUGGACAGGCCUUUGGUGUCCAUGUCUUUUAGAUGUCAACAACCAAAAGAGGUAUUGAAGAAAAAAUAACGUUUACUGUGCUGUACCGUGUGCCUAAUUUGAAAAAAAACAACAAAAGAUUGAUGUUCUAGGAAAAAGAAAGGAAAUGGGUUUCAUAUUUUUGUCUUUAAAUGUAGUUUUUUUGUGUGUCGUGCCCAUUUAAAGAAACUUAAACAGCAUUUUACUGCCUGCAGUUGGUAUAUUGACAGUUGGUAUGCCAGAUUCUGCAGAGUGUUGAUGGUGAAGAUGACGAUGCAUUUUCACAUCAAACCCUUUACGGACUGAUGUUGUGGCUCUUUUGUUGGGCAAUUUUUCAACUGUGCGCCUUAUAGUGUAGAUUGUUUACAGUAUCGUAGGUAGCGGAGACGCUGGAAAUCAGCCAGUCACUGAUGCGACUGCGUCUUUGCACUUCACGGAGAUGUCAUACAA